AUGCUUAAGCACCAGAUGACGAAACAGACAUAUGAGCCCAGGACACCCGGAGGUCCGAACACUGACAUCGCUACCCUGGACCUGAGCUACGUGUGCAACACAGGUGUGGACAAUGUCAACGUGACAGCCAACACGGUCCGCGUGGAGGCAGUCGUCAGACUACUGGACACCACCACCGUUUCCCCGGGCGAUACCUUCACCCUCCACGCAGCGGUCAAUUCUAACGACCAGGAGAUCUCGGUGUACCCUUUGACCCUCACAGUGGCUGACGUGGACCUCUAUACAGACGUCUAUGCGGAUAACGUGACGGUGGAGAACGGGUCUGCCGUGACGCCAAACGUCACCAGCUCUCCCCCUGUGUCCAUGAACAUCGCCGAGAAGAAGACCGUCAACGUCUUGUUCCAGGUGCCGGGAUGUACAUCUUCCAAGGUAUGGCUAGACUCGGCUAUGCCCGUGAACACAUCGGCGAUCAUGACGGUUGAGGAUGUGCAGAUCUCCAGCUCGGGCCGGAACCUGGGAGACCUCACCAAGUAUGACUCAGAGUUCACCGACACCAAGACCUCCACUCUGGACACCUCGCAAAUCAACAAGUGGGAGAAAAAUCUGGGCGUCGUCUCCAAUCCUUGCGUGACGAGGCACACGGAUGACUACAAAAGCGACGAUGACAUCAUUUCCGCUGACAUCACAAUACAAAUGGCGGACCAUGAGCUGGCGCAGAACGGCGAGAUAUUUUACGCCAGUUUUGGCCUCCACGUGGCAAGAUUCAUCUUUAUCCUCGACCUUGCAGUGACGGUGGUGAGGACGGGGUCAGAGCAGCUGGAGUUUAACAUGACGUCAUCGAGGGAUGAUGUCAACUCCACCUCGGACCGCGUGGAGAUAGACACUAUGCUGAGUCUAUCGGACACGGCCACGGCGGAGGGGAGGGACACGGUUCUCCUCCUCUUCCUCCCUCCUUAUGUCAGUCACGUGAGCACCGUGAUUACGUCACCGCACAAGACGAUCGUGAGUGAGUCACUGGAGGGGAACGUGCUUACCGUCAACGUGAGUAGUCCCUGA